ACACAGAAACAACCAGUUCAUUUAUAGACACCGCUCGGCGCUGUGUGUUGGUGAAUAAAAAGUGUAUUGUGCAAUCAUGAAAUUUAUCAAAUUAAAUAGCGGACAUGAAAUGCCCGUUUUGGGGUUAGGAACUUAUCAGGGUGAUCAAAACGAGAGAGAUGUAGAAGAUGCUGUUAAAGUUUCGAUCGAUCUUGGUUACACAUUAUUCGAUUGCGCUCACGUUUAUAACAAUGAAGAACAAGUUGGGAAAGCGAUUGAGGAGAAAAUUAACGAGGGAAAAGUGAAGAGGGAAGAUUUAUUUGUUGUGACUAAGCUGUGGAAUACGAAUCAUAACCCGAGGCAUGUUGAGAAGGCGAUGAUGAAGAGUUUGAGCAAAUUAAAAUUGGAUUAUGUUGAUUUAUAUUUGAUACAUUGGCCAACAGCUUUCGUGUACGGUGAUGACCCUUUCCCCAAAGACGAUAACGGGAAUGUAAUCCCCGAUUUAGGGACGACUUUAGAAGAUACAUGGAAAGCCAUGGAGGAUCUCGUCGAUAAAGGUUUUGCUAAAUCCAUCGGAAUUUCUAAUUUUAAUUCGGAGCAGAUUGAGAAGAUUAUGCGGGGCUGCAAAAUUCCUCCUGCUGUUAAUCAGAUUGAGUGCCAUCCUUAUUUAAUUCAAGAGAAGUUGCGAAAUUUUUGUAAAGAAAAAGGGGUCGCAAUAAUGGCUUAUAGCCCUUUAGGAUCGAGACAUAGACCGUGGGCGCAACCGGGGGAUCCCGAUGUUUUAUCGGAUCAAAAAUUAUCGGGGAUUGCAGAGAAAUACAACAAAACUCCAGCACAAAUUUUGUUGAGGUUCCAAAUUGAAUUGGGGAACAUAACAAUCCCUAAAUCAUCGAAUCCUAAGAGGUUACAACAAAACAUCGACAUCUUCAACUUCGAAUUAACCAAAGAAGACGUCGAUUACAUAAAAACCUUCGAUAUGGGGGGAUGGAGAAUAUGCAGCCUAUCAAAUGCUAAAAAGCAUCCAGAAUAUCCUUUUCACAAGGAAUAUUAAUUAAUUAUUUAAUUAAGAAAAAUUUUUGUGAGUUUAUAAUAAAUUAAAAUCCCCCCUUUUUUAAUAAAUGAAUGAAUAAAAAGGGUGAAAUUAUAGGCAGUUAGCGGUAA